ACCGCGAUGAACCAUCCUAGCGCAGCACGUGAAACACGACAGGCAAAAGGGAACGCACAAUAAGAACUCGGUGGCCGGAAAGGCGGUCCGCAACGAACGGCCGGGUAAACUGAGAAAAUAGGACAAAAACAAACCAUUUCAUGUGCAAGUUAGAAGUGUGCUCGGGCGAUCUCUAAAAUUAUUUGAUUUCUCCCUAAUCUGUGCCGGAUUCGAAUACCAAAAACAGUGUUUUGAUCCGGAUUAGUAGCUUUUAAUUAUACCCCACGUGGAAUAUUGGCCGAAGGCAAAUUUGUUACCUAAUUGAAUAUCGAUCGAUCGUAGCCUGUAAGUAAAGUUCAUUUGAUCUGGAGAACUUUAGAUUCUAAAACUAAUGCGAAAACUUUAAUUAUUAGUUAAAUACUGUGCCCGCCAGCAACAAUAGCACCAACAGAGAGUUGCAUCGGUACUUAAGGAAAAACUGCUCAUGUAAGAUAGUUUAUUCGCCCAAUUUGCUAUGAUACUAAAUAAAAUGAAUUUUUCUAGUUUUAAGCUGCUAAUACAAAAAGGCUGCUUUAAAAACUCAGUUGUUCACAAGUCCGAACAAAACUUAAAAAUGAGCAACCUCACUGGCUAUUGCUGCGGGAUCUGCAAGGCUGCGGUGGAAAAGGACGGUGACCUGCCCUUCUGCGACCACUGCCAGCAAUUCUUCCACUACGAGUGCGCGCAGCUCGAGAAGGGCGUCAAGGACGAUUCCUGGAGGUGCCCCAACUGCGCGGCCGAAAUGGAAGUCACCCAGGUCAUCGUGAAGUUUGACGACCUGGAAAAGACCCUGCAGGAGCUGGAAGCAGAAGCGAAGCGCCAGGAGGAGAGAAUCUUCGCGGAACAACAGCUGCACAAACGUCGCCUGGAGCUGCAACAGCAAACACAGCAGCGUCAACAAGAGGCCGAAAGGCAGAUGCUGGCCCUCGAGCAGCAGCUCAUGGAGCAACAACUCGCUGCCGAGAAGCAGUUCCAGGAACAGCAGAAGAAGAAUAAGGAAGAAUUCGAGGCCAAGAUGGCACAACUGAAAGCCGAGGCAAAGAGUCCUAAAACAAAAAAGGAAAAGAAAAUCAAGAAGUCCAAAGGGGACAAAAAGAAGCUCGAUGCCUCCGGCACGGCUGGCCCCAGCGGAAUCUCAACGCCGCUCCGACAUCCGGGUGUUACGAUUCCAGAAGUACCCAAACCAAAACCGACUCCGAUACCGGCGGACUCAGGUGAAGAGGGUAACGGCAACGAAGGAGACGAGUCCGGCUCGGACACUAGCGGAACGGAGACGGAAUCCAGUUCGUCGGAUGAUGAGCAGGAAAAAGCGGAAGUAGAACCACCCAAGCAGCUACGGGGGCCAACGAAGGCGCAGCUUACUGCCCGCCAGUUCUUGGCCAGAAAACUGCCCGUAUUCACUGGACGCUGCGAGGAGUGGCCAAUGUUCAUAAGCAGCUAUGAGACGUCGAACCUGGCCUGCGGAUUUUCGAACGUCGAGAACCUCGCCAGACUGCAGGACAGCAUUCGGGAGCCAGCGCUGACCAAUGUGCGCAGCCUACUGUUGCUGCCUGAGAAGGUCCCGGCGGCGAUCGAAACUCUACGCAUGCUGUACGGCCGGCCCGAACAGCUGCUCAACACGCUGUUGAUCAAGGUACGGAAGGCCGACUCUCCCAGGUCGGAUCGUCUGGAGUCGUUCAUUUACUUCGGCGUCGUGGUCCAGCAGCUCGUAGACCACCUCGAGGCCACCCACAUGAACGAUCACCUGGUCAACCCACUGUUGAUCCGAGAGCUAGUGGAGAAACUACCCGCCGGGUCGAAACUCGAAUGGAUUCGGUUUAAGAAGCAGAAGAAGCACGUCACGCUCCGAACUUUCGCUGACUUCCUGUCGGACAUCGUGACCGAUGCAAGCGAGGCCACACUGUUCACUGAACCGCAGCUGCAACAUCAGCCGCAGGCUCGCAGAGACGCCAAACCAAAAACUGGGUCCAGAACGCACGAAAGCUACCUUCACACUCACGCUGCUGCGGAGAAUAGCGGAGACACAAACCACGCGGGUGUAAACAACAACAAAAGACCAUGCAGGAUUUGUGAUCGCACCGACCAUCGAGUCCGCAACUGUGAGAAGUUCAAACAGCUGAAAUUGGAGGAUCGUUUGGAUGCUGUCAAGAAGUGGCAACUCUGCAAGCUGUGCCUGAACGAGCACGGGUCUGCCCGCUGCCGGAUGAACUUCAGGUGCAAUGUGGGAAACUGCAAGGAGCGGCACAACGCACUUCUGCACAGCGACGUCCCCGCAACGGUCGCCAACUGCAACGCUCACGAUGUGCGGGCCAGACAGCCGGUGAUCUUCAGGAUGAUUCCGGUCACGCUGUACAACGGCGGCAGAUCGGUCAACAUUAUCGCGUUUCUGGACGAGGGAGCUUCGUACACGUUGGUGGACGAGUCCAUCACGAAGUUGCUGAACGUUCGCGGCUCAGUUCAACCGCUGCGCAUUAUGUGGACCGCUGGAGUUUCAAGGCUGGAGAAACAAUCGGAGAACGUCUGCCUGUCGAUCUCUGCCAGAGGGGUGUCGACUCAGUUCCAGAUCAAGAACGCCCACACCGUGAACGAGCUGAAGCUUCCGGAACAAACCGUGUGCUUCGCCGACGUCGUCAAGGAGUACAAGCAUCUGCACGAUCUCCCGGUGGCAGAUUACCGCGGCGCGCCGAAGAUCUUGAUUGGCUUGAAGGAUCUGCACCUGUACGCGCCUCUCGAGUCUCGCAUCGGUGGCACUGGAGAACCAAUCGCUGUAAAGUCGAAACUUGGAUGGACGAUCUACGGCCCCCACGAGAACAACGCGCCAGCAGCUGAAUUCGUAGGUCAUCAUGCUUGUCACCAAGUCUCUAACCAAGACCUGCAUGAUCUCCUUAAGAACCAGUACUUCCUCGAAGAAACUGGCAUCUCCAUGGCGCUGCUGCCGGAGUCGGACGAGGACAAGCGAGCCAGGUCGAUUCUGGAGUCAACGACGGUGCGGAUUGGAGAUCGAUACGAAACCGGCCUGUUAUGGAAAGCGGACGACACAAGUUUCCCCGACAGCUACGUGAUGGCGCUGAAAAGGUUGAAAUCCCUGGAAAGAAAGCUGCUGAAGAACGACUCGCUGUACGACAACGUGCGGCGCCAAAUCGUCGAGUAUCAACAGAAGGGCUACGCGCACAAGGCCACCCAGCAAGAACUGGCUGCGUGCGAUCCGCGAAAGGUGUGGUACUUGCCGCUGAACGUGGUGACGCACCCCAAGAAGCCGGAGAAAGUACGCCUCGUGUGGGACGCGGCCGCUACUGUGGCGGGAGUCUCGCUCAACAGCCAGCUGCUCAAGGGGCCGGACAUGCUGACGUCGCUUCCUUCCGUGAUCUUCCGAUUCCGUGAACGUCCUGUCGGAUUCGGAGGUGAUAUCAGGGAAAUGUAUCACCAGCUACGCAUACGGAAGGAAGAUACGAACGCCCAGAGGUUCCUGUUCCGGAACGACCCAACGGCCGAGCCUGAGGUGUACAUCAUGGACGUCGCCACCUUCGGAGCAACUUGCUCGCCGUGUGCCGCGCAGUUUGUGAAAAACAAGAACGCGGAAGAGUUCUCGAAGCAGUUUCCCGCGGCGGCAAAGGCAAUCGUGGAGAACCAUUAUGUUGACGAUUACUACGACAGCGCAUCGACGGUAGACGAAGCGAUUCAGCGGGCGAAGGAGGUCAGACUCAUCCACUCGAAGGCGGGUUUCGAGAUCCGCAAUUGGGUGGCCAGUUCAAGCGAGGUUGUCCGCGCGCUGGGUGAGAAGAAAGCCGAUCAGAAAGUUCACCUCAGCCAAAACAAGGCGACCGGCUACGAACGAGUGCUGGGCAUUGUGUGGAACACGAGCACCGACGAGUUCUUGUUCUCGGCCGAGAUGAGAGAGGAUUUGGAGCGGUACUUGAAAGGAGAGCUGCGGCCCACGAAACGGGUGGUGUCGAGCUGCGUAAUGAGCCUGUUCGACCCUCAAGGUUUUCUGAUCUCGUUCACGAUCUUCGGGCGAAUUUUGAUCCAGGACUUGUGGCGGGCUGGCUGUGAUUGGGACAAGGCGGUCGACGACGAAGCGGCGCGCACGAUCUGA